AUGGAGGACAACAACUCGGAAAAGGAGGGUGAGACUGCCCCACUGGAAGAGUGUCACCAACGUCGCCGAAUGGGACCCGCCCGCAGCUCGGAGCCGGCAGCCCCUGGCGCGAUUGUCUCGGCCGAGGCGCGGGCUGUCCGAGGGCGGCACGCCGGGGGACGACCCUGCACCCCCUGCUCCGCGCCCCGGUCGGGUCCCCCGCCGCCCGCCUGGCGCGCCCUCCCUCGGGGGCUUCAUGCCGACCCCUCUCCGCCGGGUCGGGUAUGGACCGGGGUGGGGGAGGGAGACGGCCCGGCCGGGUUUAGUGUCCGGGAUGAGCUCGUCAAGGAGGUGGAGGUGCCCCUGGCUGCCCUGGGUGUCCCCGCCCAUGGCACAACGGGUGGCUGCCAUACACCAGUGGCCGAGGAGGAGGUGGGCAUCCCCAUACCGGCGCCGGGGCUCCUGCAGGUCACGGAGCGGAGGCAGCCCCUGAGCAGCGUCUCCUCUCUGGAGGUGCACUUUGACCUCCUGGACCUCACAGAGUUGACCGACAUGUCAGACCAGGAGCUGGCUGAGGUCUUCGUUGACUCAGACGACGAGAACCUUGCCAACGACUCCCCAGCAGGACUGCACCCACUGCCCCGGGCCGGCUGCCUCCGCUCCCCGUCGUGGACCCGGGCAAGGGCUGAACAAAACCGCGAGAAGCCACCCCUCAACGAUCCGGAGCGACCGGCUGCCCCUGCUGUGGAAACGUUCCUCACUGUGGACAGGCCUAAGGAGGACUAG